UUUUUUUUUUCGCGCGAGCGGCCAUUGUUAGCGCGGGAAAAAUAAUAUAUUUCGCGACAAUAAUGGAUACAAACCAAAAUGAUAGCUAUUUUUGCUUUAACGAUCAUGUUGCUGACAUUUGCAAAUCUUCAUUUUAUCAUUUGCGAAAUAUUAGCUAUAUUUCAAGAAUAUAGAAGAAGCUAGAGUUGCCCUCGGCUAUUGCCUCGGGCAACUCUUACGCUUCUUUCGUGCUCUCCAAACUUCCCACGUGCUCCAUAACUCGAUAGUGCACGCUAAAGCAUGAACCAAUUGUUAAUUAGAGACUUAUGGUCUAUGCCAGCACGCUUGAGUUGCUAAAGCAAGUAAAUUCGUCGAGACGCUUUCAUAGUAACAUUAUCUACAUGAUCGUUCCAUUUAACUAAUUCCUUACAGUGACGCCGAUUUUUGUGGUUGUGACUUGAUUCUGUCCUUAAAAUCCUUAAACCCUGUUGUGUUGACGGUUGAGUGCAAUAUGGAAACGUUAGUGUAGGUGAAAGUAUUUUUCUUGAAAACGGACAACACGUUACCUGAAAACACGUCACUGUGGUGGGGACCUUAAUGAUGCUAAUAUAGCUUGUUUUGGUCGCGCGCCUUCAUCAAAGGGAAGUUGUGCUAGGCAGUGGAUAUUUGAGAGUUUUUUUCUUUAUUUGGAUCUGAAAUCUCCAAAAAAAAAAAAAAAACCUAAAAAAAAUACGUCAAAUUGCGCCAAAAGCAACCGCCAUCCGCCCCCAAGGUCGUUCCCGUUUAAAAGUCGUCCUCUCUUAAUAGUGGUCGGGAAUGUGUAUUUCUGUAUUAGUCCUUUUCAUUUUUCUUUAGAUAUCUCGUCUUGUUCUAUUCGCACACAAUUUCGUUUACUAUCUAAUUUUAAUUAAUAUUCAUUUAUUGUUUCUUUAAAUAUAUUAUUCAAGAACCAAAAAAUCACUUUACUUCUGAUAAAAUACUAUAUACUCAACUAUAACUCUUAUUGCGCGAUUUUGUCUCCUGCGAUGCUGGUAGGUGAAUAGUACCUGAUAAUCACUUUCGAUCUAGCCAAUCAGCGGGCGCGAUGAUAUACCACUACUAAUGCAGGUCUUUCCACUAAAUAAGUGACGUUAAAAUGGUCUAAAAUACACGAAGCUAAAAUAGUCAAACGUUGUUGAAUCCCACCUCUCGUUUCUAAGUUGCUGCUAUCGAAAAGACGAUGGAGCAUGCAGUUUCCCAACGAACAGGGACAAGAAAAACAACGAGUAAUGGACAACGUGUAAAUCAACAACACGUCAAUAUUGACAACGUGUCAAGGGACAACGUGGAAGUGACAACAGCAACAAUCAUACCAGAAGAGACAACUGAAAAGUAAAUCCACGAUAACGUCAUUUCCGCCAAAAGCUUUUGUUCAUAGUAGGCCUCUAGGUUAUUCCUUAGAGACCGGCUCAGCACGCACGUCAUCUUCCAUAUUCUAGUUGCAGAAGUCUCUCCCUUAUAUGCGGCAAUUUGAAGGUGACGACCCGAGGGUGACGACUUAGAAAAGGCGACAACGUGUGACCUUUUCCUGAGCUUCUGUAACCAGGUGAAUGAGAACUUUGGAGACGCGAAGUUAACCGCAACAUGGUGACGCCUUCGACGAAAUCACUGUCCCUGGUGCUACUUUUAGCUUUACUAUUCGUUAAGUCGGCUUUUUCAGCACGUAUUGUAGGGUUUCAUGCCAUAGGAGGAUCACAAUACAUUAACACGAGAAACGUCUUAGAGGAACUGGCCUCUAGGGGACACGAGGUUGUCUUGGUUGUUGCAUCAUCGUUUGAAAAAUUCAAACCGAGUGAGAAAGUGCCACACAAGAUCUACCAAGUUCCAUACAAACCAGGCUUCAUGGAGAAUACUAUAGUGCCACUUGAACUGGAAGGGAAACUGCUUGAGCUGUUGUUUAAAAUGAAAGAUGUCUUUCGAGUUAUGUGUGAAAGUGCUUUAACUUCCUCUGAAGUCCUGAAGGAGUUGCAGAACUGUGAUCUCCUCAUUUAUGACAGUUCUUCUUUCUGUGCUGCAUUACUUGGCGAACGCCACAACAUUCCUCUCACUGAGUUACUGCCUUUGUCUCCAAACAGCCCAGCUGCUUCUUUUCACAUGAUACCCAUGCCACUUUCCUAUGUUCCUCUUCUUCUUACGGGAUUUACUGAUAAGAUGACUUUUGUGGAACGUGUUACAAAUUUGGCAUUUUACUUUGGACAAAAACUAUUCAUUAGCAUGGCAAUUAACAAGCCAAUGAAUGCCCUUAAAGUAAAGUACAACAUAAAAGUUGAAAGGAGCUUUGAAGAAGCCAUUGCCGAUGUAGAACUGCUGUUGAUAUUAGCAGAUUUUGCAUUGGAAUAUCCCCAACCUCUAUUGCCAGGCCAAAUCAUGAUUGGACCACUGAAUGUGAAAGAUGCUCAAUCUCUCCCCCCUGACUUAGAAGAAUUUAUCAGCAAUUCAGGGGUUCAUGGUUUUAUUAUUUGUUCCUUUGGCUCAAUGGUGGCUUCAGUCCUUCAAAGGGAGAAAGUAGACAUGCUAGCUACAGCAUUUGGAAAACUGAAACAAAAAGUUAUUUGGAGACUUAAAGGCUAUAUCCCAUCCAAUCUUAGCUCAAAUAUCAAAGUAAUGGACUGGUUACCCCAGAGUGAUCUCCUGGCUCACAAGGACAUCAAAGCUUUUGUCUCUCAUGUUGGACACAACAGUCUUUACGAGUCUGCAUACUAUGGAGUUCCAUUAGUGGCAUUUCCACUGGGUGGAGACCAGGAUAGUAAUGCUAAGAAAGCAGAGCAUUUGGGCCUUGGUCUAGUUGUGGAUCAUAAGAGCAACAAUGCUGAGAAGCUGUUUGAAACAAUUGAGCAAGUUAUUGUUGAAUCACGAUAUAAAGCAAAAGCAAUGCACAUUUCAGGUCUUUUGAGGGAUCGUCCACAAACACCUCUUCAAAAAGCCUGCGACUGGAUAGAAUAUUCACUCAGACAUGAUGGAGCUCUGCACCUCCAAGCUCAAGUGUUUAACAUCCCUUGGUACCAGUACUAUUUACUUGACGUCAUAGCUUUCCUUUUUGCAGUAGUAACUGUCACUGUCAUUGUGAUAGGAUUAAUGUGUAGAUUUUUGUGCCAGGCGUGCCGUAAAAAGGGCAGUGGUAAAACCAAAAAGGAUUAAUGUUAUUUUUUGUUAUUAAUCCACUCCACUUGUGUCUUAAGAUGAUCACCCUCUCUCGCACAACCCCCCCUCACCCCCCAAACGGAAUGGGCACAUAAGCACCAGAAGCUGAGCAAACCAUCAAGGUCUUUCUGCCAUGCAAGUAUAACACAUAUGUAAUUGCUAACUUGUUCAGCAGGGUCAAUGAUGUUUUAGCAAGUACCAGCCUCAUGUGAAAAAACAUUUAACCAAGGAGAACUACUUGAGGUGUAGUGCUUCUUUCAGUUUUCACUUGGCUUAGAACAAUUAAUGCACAUUUGGAACUUUUACAGGAGGUCAUCUCUCUCUCAAGAAGGUCUUGACAUUCAAUUACUCCUUGAGGAAAAUUGUUAGCCUUUCUUGGCCUUUAAGCAAACAUACAGAUGUAAAGUUCCACCUUAAAUUUCAUUGCAUUUAACACUUAUUUACUCCUGGCAGUCAGUGAGAGCCAGUAGCCAGCUAGUCCACCAUCUUUUACCAGCUUCUUUCAACUCAUUUUACCUUAAGUGUUGAUGAAAAAGUUGUUUAACUACUGAAAGACCACAGUGGAAAUAGUAAAGCCACCAUUUCCCAGUUUUGAUUAGAAUUGAAUGCAUAAUUUACCUGUAACAGGGUUAGGUGAAUGAAUCAGUUCCAUGCUCAGAAAUAGCUUAACAGUUCACGCCAACUAUGUGGAAUGUUGGACAUUCUAAUUGAAAAGUUUCAAGUCUUGCGUGUAAUCUGAAAGAACAAUAUGGCCUCUUCUAUAUGCUGUUCACCUAAUAUUUCUUAUUUACCUUCUACUCUCAACACUUAUUGACAGCCUUGUGUAUUACUAAGCUUAUAAGUCACCAAUAAACAGUUAUGCUAAGCAGUUUAUUUACAACCAUUGGAAAGGCACAGAAACUCUGCACGUUUUUACAAGAACCCAUAUUUUAAAUAUUGAAAUACCAUACUGUUACCAGUAUGUUUAAUAUGCAAAUCCAUCCAAAUAUCAAAGUAAUUCUUCUUACAGAAAACAAACAUAUGGUUGAUGAUCAGACUAUAACAAUUAAUCAUAUAGUGUGAUCACACAAAUAAUCACAUUACAAGACAGACGGUACGCAAUUCCCAAAAUUGAAAGGGAUCUCUGUGGGAGUGAGUAAUGUAAUGCAAUAAUUUUGCAUCAAAACUGAGCUCCAGAUUGUUAAAGCAUGAACAAUGGAACCUAGAACCUGGCCUUCUGAUUUUUACUUGUGGAAGUGAUUAUAAAAUACCUUCAACUACAGAAAGAAUUUCAAUAGAGGAAGAACCUAACUAUUGAACAUUUGCACGAAUUUGGGGUCUUAACUCAUCAGAAGUAAGAUACAUUUUUGAAGACUUAUGUAAAGGGAUCAAAAGAUUUUUCUUCCCAUAAGAAGUCGUUCAUUUCCUAUACCUUUGAAAAAAUUUACAGACCUAUGUACCGUACUUAUUGGACAGUCACAAUAAACUUAUCAAAGUAUAAUUGAUAACCGGGCUCCCAUUUAGAUUUAAUAACGAGUAUGAGAAACAAAAAGGAACACUUGUGAGAAUGAGAGAGUCGCAGACCCUUCCUCAACCGCAUACUCAAAUCCCCUGCCUACAUCCCCAAGCUGUGUCAUAUUUCCCAUCUUCUCCCACAACACCCCAAGUGCAUGCUUAUUUAUAUCCAAACCAUGACGGUACAUUUGAAUUACUUCAUACACCAUAGUUAAACUUGUGUUUAGCAAAGCCUAAUGAAACUAAAGAUGGGAUGAAUUUGAUAGCUGUCUCCUAGUUUCUCUCCUUGCGAGUUUAGGACGAGGAUGCAACAAACAACUUAAAAGACUUCAUUUCUAGGUUACAAAAAGAAG